UCAGCAGCUGUCAACACACACUCACACACACCUCAAGACAACUGUAUAUAAUUUCUUAGAGUAAUUGAGUGUAUUAUAGCGGAGUGUGUGUCGAGUGUGUGUUAUUGUUAUCAUCGUCAUAUUCAGUGUGUGUUUGUGAGGAGCGGAGGAGGAUAAGAGAUAACGGAUCAUGAUGAUGAAGAUGAUGAUGAUGAUAAUAAUGAGAUGAUGCUAUUCAGGCCUGCAAAUUAUACACACACACACUAAAACACACACAUUAACACACACACACACACACACACACACACUCAGAAUGGACACUUUUCUGGACUACGAGGACUGCAUCAGAGACUCUCCUGCAUUCAGACAGUCUCUGGAUAAAUGUGAGAGUGACAUGUCUGAACUGGAGAGUCGUGUGAAGAAAGUGAUGAAGUUGUGUGGUCAGAUGGUGGACGCGGGUCAGAAUUACACCUCCUGCAAUCAGCUUUUCCUCUCUGCACUGAGCGAGUUCACAGCGUAUCAUAAGAGUGACGGUGUGAUUCUGAACUGCCUGCGCCAGUUUAACCAGGGCCUGCAGGAGAUGAUCCAGUUUCAGACGAUGCUGUUUGAUCAGACACAGAGAGCCAUCAGUCAACAGCUGACAAACCUGCUUUCACAGUUUGUCCCGCAGAUUCGGGAAACGCGGCGUGAGUUUGUGCGGAUCGGAGAUGAUCUUGAUUCUGCGGUGGUGAAGAACGCUCAGGUCAGUCGACACAAACCUGUGGAUGCAGAAAGAGCGACGCACCUGCUGCUCGCCACGCGCAAAUGCUAUCAACACUUCGCUCUGGAUUACUGCCUGCAGCUUAAUAAUUUCAAGGUCCAACAGAAGCUGGAUAUUCUGAAUUCGGUCUUCUCGUAUUUUCACGCUCAGUACACAUUUUUCCACCAGGGGUUUGACUUGCUGAGAGAUCUGGAGCCAACCAUGAAGACGAUGGCCUCACAGGUCGCACACACACACAGUACAUGCACACAGUGUUAUUAUAUAGUUAUAUUGAAUAUGUGUGCUCAUAUGUAUGCUCAGCUCUCUCAGCUGUCGACCGACUGCUCUGCCAAGAGGAAAGAUCUGGAAAACACACAUCUGCUCGUCCAGCAGAGGGACGCGUCUGGAGAAGCUGUAAUUGUGUGUAAUCCGUCUGACGGAGGAACUAUUCAAGGCUACCUGUUCAAGCGCUCACGCAAGAAGAACAAGACAUGGAAGAGAUGCUGGUUUUCCACCGAAAAUAAUCAGUUAAUCUACCUAAAAUCACACAAGGAGCAACCUGUGGUUCUCUUUGAUGAUCUGCGUCUGUGUGCAGUCAAAUCUCUGGAUGUGAUCGACCGGCGUUUCUGUUUCGAGCUUCUGUCGGUGCAGAAGUGUUGUGUGUUACAGGCUGACUCAGAGGAGCUGAAGUCAGCAUGGAUUAAUGCUGUUCAGGGAUGUAUAGACAUGGCAUAUCGAGAUCAAGUAACUGAUCAAAACACUCAGGUCAAGGAAAGCUCCGCCCCUGUGUCCAUUCCAGACCCGCCCUCUCACCCACCCGCUCUGGGCGUGGCCUUGCGUGGCCGUGGUAACCAGCACUGCUGUGACUGUGGGGAAGCAGAGCCACGCUGGGCCAGUGUGAACCUCGGCAUCACCAUGUGCAUCGAGUGUUCAGGCAUCCACAGGAGUCUUGGCGUUCAUCUGUCCAAAGUUCGUUCGCUCACUCUUGAUUCCUGGGAGCCUGAACAGUUAAAGCUGCUGUGUGUUCUGGGUAAUGAAGUUAUUAAUGGUAUUUAUGAGCGUGAGGCAGCAGACGGCCUGCAGAAGCCCAGCGCAGGCAGUCCUCGGCUGGAUAAAGAACAGUGGAUCAGGUCCAAGUAUGUGGAGAAAAGGUUUGUGGCACGUCAUCCUGAUGAUCCUGAUGCUGAUGUGUUGAAGCUGCGUGCCAGACAGAGACUGUAUUCGGCAUCAGUCAGCGGGGAUCUGGUGGCAAUGGCUGAGGCUCUGGCCGAGGGGGCGGAGAUUAACUGGAAUAAUAAUGAGCAGGAGGGACGGACAGCUUUAAUUGGCUCAGCCAUCGGCGGCUCUCUGCUGGCGUGUGAGUUUCUGUUGCAGAACGGUGCUAAUGUGAACCACAGAGAUCAGCAUGGACAGGGAGCUCUGCACGCCGCCGCCACAUACGGACACACAGGGCAGGUGUGUCUGCUCCUCAAGAGAGGAGCCAAUCAGUAUGCAGCUGAUGAAAAAGGAAACGAUCCGCUCAGUAUCGCCAUAGAAACCGCCCAUGCUGACAUCGUCACUUUGUUGAGAAUGGCCAGAAUGAAUGAAGAAAUGAGGGAUUCAGAGGGAUUCUUCGGAUCUGUUGGAGAUGAUGAAACAUUCCAGGAUAUUUUCCGAGAUUUCAGUAACAUGGCGUCACACGACCCGGAGAAACUCACUCGCCGUCCGUUCAUCCGCAGCUCCGAGGAGGAACAGCAGGACGAGGAAGAGAAAAACUAGAGACACUGUAUGUGCUCUGAGGUCAACAGAGGUCAUGAUGGGACAAGGGAACAAAGCGAAAGAGGGAAAGCGAAAGGGGGAAAUCUUAACGUUACCACUGUUUAAAAACUAAAAGCUCAUCUCUGAACGAGAAUGAGGCUCUAACACUGAGCUACUGUGACUGACGCUCAGUAUUAAAGGCUGUAUCAGUGUGUGUUUGUGUGUCAGGGGAUGCGGUCCAGCUCAUUUCAUCCACACACAGGUUUUAUUUAUCAUGUUUCAGGUUUAUUUUUCAUGUGAAGUGAAUGUGGCCUUUUUAACUCAAAUGUGUCCAGACUUCUGUUCUCAUUCACUUUUGUUAAUGUUUAGUCAUAAAAACAGCUUGUUAUUCUGCCUCAUGUUGCAAACUGCUUUAUCAUAUUAUUUUAAUGUAUUGUCAUAACACAUACUGUAGUUUAUAUUUAAUACUAUAGUACUUUUGAACCAUACUAUAGUAAAGUACUUAAAUUAUUAAUUGUUAGAAUUGCUAUUGUGGUGAUUCUAUAGUUGCCACGGUAACACAUCAAAAAUAGUAAUUAAACUGUUGUGGUAAUUCUGUAGUUGCUAUGGUAACAACUAUAGUAGUUAAUCUGUUGUGGCAAUUCUAUAGUUGCUAUGGUAACACGUCAACUAUAGUAGUUAGUCUGUUGUGGUAAGUCUAUAGUUGCUAUGGUAACAACUAUGGUAGUUAAUCUGUUGUGGCAAUUCUAUAGUUGCUAUGGUAACAACUAUAGUAGUUAAUCUGUUGUGGCAAUUCUAUAGUUGCUAUGGUAACACGUCAACUAUAGUAGUUAAUCUGUUGUGGUAAUUCUAUAAUUGCUAUAGUAACACGACAACUAUAGUAAUAGAUCUGUUGUGGUAAUUCUACAGUUGCUAUGGUAACACAACACAUAUAGUAAUAGAUCUGUUGUGGUAAUUCUAUAGUUGCUAUGGUAACACAACAACUAUAGUAAUAGAUCUGUUGUGGUAAUUCUACAGUUGCUAUGGUAACACAACAACUAUAGUAAUAGAUCUGUUGUGGUAAUUCUAUAGUUGCUAUGGUAACACAACAAUUAUAGUAAUUGACCUGUUGUGGUGAUUCUAUAUUCGCUAUGGUAACGCAACAACUAUAGUAAUUAAUCUGUUGUGGUGAUUUUAUAGUUGCUAAGGUAACACAAACUAAAGUAAAUAAUCUGUUGUGGUUAUUCUAUAGUUGCUACGGUAACACAUCAACUAUAGUAGUUAAUUUGUUGCUGUAUUUCUACAGUUGCUAUGGUAAUUAAACAACUAUAGCAGUUACUCUGCUUUGGUAAUUCCAUAGUUGCUAUGAUAACAAAAACUAUAGUAAUUAAUUUGUUGUGAUUCUGUAGUUGCUAUGGUAACACAACAAUUAUAGUAAAUAAUCUGUUGUGGGUAUUCUAUGGUUGCUACGGUAACACGUCAACUAUAGUAGUUGAUUUGUUGCUGUAUUUCUAUAGUUGCUAUGGUAAUCAAACAACUUUAGCAGCUAUGCCACGAUCACACUAGAAUUUAAGCAUACAAAAUUCUGUCGUAUGGCACUGCGAAAAGGGGCGGGAUUAAACAAGAUGAUUAGUCAUUUUUUUAAAAAGCAAGCAAUUGGUUCAUAUUUUAUAUUUCUGUCAUGUUUUGAUAUUCGAUUGAUCUCAUGCAGUCACAUGAUGCCAUUUCGCAGGUCAGAGUUCACCAAGCUUGAACUUUGCAAUGCAGUGAACUGUGAAACUUGUUGCACGAGCUUGCGUUUCCGGUUGCAUUCAUAUGCAUAUGAAUGAAAGUCUAUGGGGCGAAAAGUCCUGUGUGACCGCAGCUUUACUCUGCUGUGGUAAUUCUAUAGUUGCUAUGGUAAUACAACAACCAUAGAAAUUAAUAUGUUGAGGUGAUCUAUGGUUGCUAUGGUAACAACUAUACUAAAUAAUCUGCUGUGGUGAUUCCACAGUUGCUAUGGUAACACAACAACUAUAGUAAUUAAUCUGUUGUGGUAAUUCUGUAGUUGCUAUGGUAACACAACAACUGCAGUAAUACAAACAAAUGAUCCAAUAAUGUACUUUUCUACAAAUAUAGGGUGUAUUUUGCUACAGUACACCGCAAUCACUGUAGUAAAAACUAAAGUAUACUACAUUGUUUAUCAGUUAACGCCACAGUAUGCUGGAGCAUUCAUUAACAGAGUUGUAAAUACUAUAAUAUAUACAGUAUAAUACACUUUACUAUAGUAUGGUUCAAAACACUAUUACAAUAAUUUACUAUAGUAUUUGUUUUUAUCUGUUCAAACUCUGAAAUGUAGUGCUGGUAAAUGCUUGAUUCUGAUUGGCUGAUGAGCAUUAUAAGGUGUGCUGUUAUUGUCAGAUAAACACAGCUAAAGUAGUUCCGGCAGGUUAUGAGCAACAUAUCACUACGCUGAGAUUUAGGUUAUUUCAGAGCUACAAAAACAUCAAUUAUUCUCAUUUACCUGUGGUCAGAUGAAUGAGAAGUCUUGACACAUUUGCAUAAAGUAAGGUGGAUAUGGACUAAACUGACUGUCCUUGAUUUUAAACUGUGCUCUGUUGCUUUUACUAAAGGCUUGUUUGACACUUUGUUUUAUAUUAUGAUGCAGGGAAAUGUAGUGGAUGAAUAACACUGAACGCUGAAGGCGAUUCACACUCAUGGUGAAUAUUUAGGAUGUGUAAGUCAACAUGAAAACAAAACUAAACUUCUUUGCUUUCUUAAAGGCACAGUUCACACAAUAAAUGAUCAUUGUGUCAUCAUUUACUCUUGUUCCAAUCCUAUUUGAAUUCCUUUCUUCUGUUGAACACAAUGGAAGAAUUUUGCAAUAGCCAAUGAUUUCUAUAGUGUUUGUUUUUCCUACUAUGGAUGUUUCCAGUGUUGACUAUCUUCAAAAUAGCUUCUUCACCGGAAACUGGAUAUUAAAUUUUAUUUUUGGUUGAACUAUCCCUAUUAUAUAACUAUAAUGUGUGUUUCUGGCUUAAGUGUUAAACAGCUAGUCUGUGUUAUGUCAGUGGUGUAAUCCAUCCAUCAAAUCUCAAUUCUCAUUAUGGAUUUUAGUCAUGGAUCGCACCAUUUUUCGGAUCAGCCAAAAAGGGGAGGAGAUAAAUGUCAUUUGAUUUCCAUUUAUUACAAAACAGCACUGCAAGACUUUUAAAGAGUUUUAACAAACAGAAGUUAGCUGUAAUUUUAUUAACAAUAAAAUUGAAGACAUAAUCAGCUGAAUAAAAGUAUAUUGCUGAUUACGCUGAAUGUAGAAAUCUAACAUAAUCAUUUGUACAGCCCAUAUUUAUUUUUAGUCUCGUCUUCAAUAAAUGAUUCAGUUAUUCACUCAUUAAACUUCACGUUUCAUUGCUAGAUGAUCAGUUUUGAAGAAUUAUUCAGUGGCAUAUUUUUGAUGGCAGGUUGUCGCCACCUACUGGUUAAAUAAUGUAAUUGCUGCCUACAACUUUCAUUGUUGAGCGUUAAGUUAAAUGCAUAUGUUGGUGAUUUUAAUCUUGACCAUAAACAUCAGUGGUUUUAUCUAAAGUAUAAACUGUUCUCCCAGUACUGCUGUGUUAUUUGACUGUGACUUCAUAACUAGUUCAAAAGACUAGACUGAAUCUCUUGAUUUUUGCUUUUUCAGACUGAAUGCAGCGAUUCGACGAAUUAAUAAACGUAUGCAAAUUAGCAUCUUUUAUAAAAUAUGGUGCGUGGGUGUUGAGAUCCUGAUCUUUUAAUGAUUAAUCAUGCAGCUUACACUGAAUGCAUUAAUGCAGGCUAAACAAGCAGUGACAGAAAACACCUUUAAUAACCUAAGAAACCCACCACAUCCCCAAUAACCCACCACAACUUCUUCCGUCAUCAUUAUAUUUCACAGGAAAUCCUAAAUGCUUUCAUACAUGUGAUUUGAAUGACACAAAAAGCGAUCUCUCUGCCAUCGUUACAAAUUCAGGAUUAAAUCAACAAGUUUAAAAAAACUUUUAAAAAAAGUAUUACUCCGCGGGUCACGUGUGUUCUGAACCGUGGGUUGUGAUCUGUACGAAUCACAGAUCAACGUGGUCCAUUAUGUUACACCCCUAGUGCAUGUUAUUAUUUAUAAUCUUCCGUCAAAUUAAUAACUUGCUCUAUAAAACACAUUUUGUCUCACACUACUAAUACCUGAUAGUCUUCAACCUACUGCCACUUCUCGAAAAGCUUUAAUGAGGUAAAGAACUACAAUCCCAUGAUGCACUGCAAAUGACACAUUAAAAAGAACUGAAAAAAACGAUAUAGUAUAAAUAUUAAUGAAAUGUUGGUUGUAUAUGUAGACACUGCAAAAUAUGGAUCUAUAUACAAAUGUGGAGAUUUCAUUAUCAUUGGCUAUGCUUUGUUGAAGUGGGCUGAGCUAAAGGGCUCUUUAGGCACUCCUCCGCUUCCCGUUACUCACUGAUUGGUGGAGGUUUCUGCACAGCAUCAUGGGAAAUGUAGUUUUUCUGCACAAUUCCUUCAAAAGUGAAUUACUGUAAAAGGUUAAUUAUAAAGAAUAAAAUUAUUAGUUAUUCAUCAUAAUAUCAUUAAUUUAAUAAUCUUUAAAUCUUUUUGUCUCAUGCUUGAUAGUUUUUCACCUCCUGUCACUUUUCAUUAAACAAACAAUUAAUUGUGGAUCAAAUCAAGGUCCUAAUGCUCCAUUUUACCUAUAAAUGUGUCUGCUUAAGAAAGUACAAUGAGUUUGAAAUGCUGUUUCAUGUUGACUGUAAAUCCACAAUGACUAAAUGAACUAUUAUAAUAAUUAACGUUAUGUCA